AUGAACACUCGCAGCGGGAGAUCUGACAUCCUCAUGCAGAGUCCCUGGAACAGCGGAGAGAGCCAUUAUGAUACAGUUCUCCAAUAUAUACAGAGCAAUCCAACUAUCGUCUACGUGCCUCUAACCGCGAUACUUGCCUAUCUGGUUUUGGCUUAUUUUGGUCUCGUUCCGUUCGGGUUGCCUCAGGGGGUGUGGAAUCUCAUCGUUUAUUUAACGCCAUCACGCAUAGUUGUCGCUCUAGACUCGAAGUCGAAUUCCGCGAACGAGAAUACAAACCCCUCUCUGAUGACUUUCCAAGCGAAAAGUGAGGCGAUGCAGCGCAUCCUCGGGAUCGAUAACUCCUUCUCCUCUUUCCUUUCACGCGGGACGAGCCUUUCGGGAUUCGGAAAUGCUAUUCUUGGCAGCAAAGACAGCCUUCCGCCGGGGUUGGGGAAUUGGGAUAACUCGUGCUACCAGAAUAGUAUUAUCCAGGGUUUCGCAUCGCUACGGUCUUUGGCGGAGUUUUUGGGACAGAAUAUCGAAGCGCUUGGGGAGAAGGGUUCAUUCUCGACGCAUCAGGCUCUGCAGGAUAUUGUGGAGCGGUUGAACGAUGCGGCGGAAUACGGCCAGAAGCUAUGGAUACCGCCGAAUCUGAAGUCGAUGAGUAGCUGGCAACAACAGGAUGCGCAGGAAUACUUUUCCAAGGUCGUGGAUCAAAUCGAUCGUGAGGUGCAGCAGGCUUCGAAACGGCAGACAAGGAAUCUGGGUCUCAAGAUGGCUGGGCCGGAGGAGAAUGUGAUUGGGUCUGGUUCUGCACAAAAUGGUAAAAAUAGUGACUCUCUUUCUUCGCAGACCGAUGCGCCGUCGUUUCGCAAUCCCCUAGAAGGGCUUCUUGCGCAAAGGGUCGGUUGUAUGAAAUGUGGCUGGACGGAAGGUCUGUCUCUCAUUCCAUUCAACUGUCUUACCGUGCCUCUGGGAUCCAAGUUCGAAUACGACGUCCGUGAGUGUCUAGAUCAUUAUAUGGACCUGGAGCCCAUUGAAGGAGUGGAAUGUGCAAAAUGUACACUGCUGCGGGCGCGCAAUCAACUUCACAACCUCGUCAAGCAGGUCGAAGAGGACGAACAAAUUUCGAACUCAUCGGACUCACCAAAACUGUCGGAUGCGCUUAAGAACUCUGCACAUGAACGUUUGCAAGCGGUCGAAGUCGCUCUUGAAGAGAAUGAUUUCGCCGAGAAAACCCUGUCGAACAGGUGUCACAUUCCGUCCAAGAACCGAGCGUCAUCGACAAAGUCAAGACAAGCCGUCAUUGCGAGAUCUCCCAAAUGCCUUGUCAUUCACAUCAACCGGAGUUUGUUCGAUGAGAACACCGGAAUGCUGAGAAAGAACUACGCAGCCGUGCGAUUUCCCCAGUCACUCGACUUGAGCGACUGGUGCUUGGGAGCUAAAUCCGUGGAUCAAAUUAAUGAGUCCAUUGAAAAAUGGGGCACAGACCCGAAGGAGUCCAUGCUUCCGCGCGCUGGUACGACAGUGGACGUUCGCGGCCGCCAAUACGAACUGCGCGCUGUUAUUACACACUACGGCCGGCACGAGAAUGGUCACUACAUCGCCUACAGAAAGUACCCGACCGACAUUUUCCCGGCGCAUGUCCCAGAAGCGGUUUUGGAGGCGGACGGUGCGAAGGAAAAGGCGGAGCGCUGGUAUCGGUUGAGCGAUGAGGAUGUGUCGAUGGUCAGUGAGGCUAGCGUGCUGUCUCAGGGCGGAGCUUUUAUGCUAUUCUACGAGGCCCUAGAGCCGUCUACGGAGCCGUCUACCCCGGAAGCAGAGCUUGUUGAUUCGACCGAGUCUAUGUCCAGUUUGGAAACGCCAGAGGAUAUGUCCACGGUGUCGGGGGUCACUGAAGGUACUGAAGCAACCGAAUGCUCUGCUUCUGUUACACCGAAGGCUAUCAGCGUAUCUGUUCCGGAGAAGAUUGGACCUAUUGGCGGGCCGCCUCUUGAGCCACCGCUGCUCUAA